GCCCGCCCAUGUGUGUUUGUGGACGUUGUGUAGCGCAGGUUGAAGAUUCCCGAGUGGUCUGUCCGCGUCUAUGCACAGUGUUGUCGGUGUUCUUAGUUUGCACAUGAACAUGAAGUAAACUGGCUGCGUGCAAUAAUGUGAAUAAUUGGCACAAAUGCAGGAACCUGUAGGGCGCGCUAGUGUCGGGGUACUUUCAGUCUUAGCCAUAGAAGUUAGUUUAUCGUACUGACGGACAGAUAAAAUGUCAGCGGAGCACACGACCGAUGCUGUGCGUGAAGAAGACACAGCAAAGCCAGCUGCAUUUCCAGUGGUUUUAAAGAAAAUAAUGAAAAAUUCUCCACCGAAUUUGUUAGAAUGUGACGACGAAAGUGACAAAGAGAAGCUUUCAGAAGAUGACGUGGAGUGUGGAGGAGUGAGUGGAUUAGGACAGUCUGCUGCCUUGACCCCUGCUAUCUGGGAUAAGACAAUUCCUUACGAUGGCACAGCCUUCCAUCUGGAAUACAUGGAUCUGGAGGAAUUUCUUAUGGAGAAUGGUAUUCCUCCUUCUGAAGAAGUCCAACAGGAGAGUUCCCAGCUGACACCUGAAAAGCUUCCCACCGUCAUCCCAAAGGCAGAACCUGCCCCUUCGGCUCCCGUGUCUCUUCUGCCAGUCAUGGAACUGGACCAGUGUGAGGAAGAGGUGAUCACAAGCACUGUAUCAAAUUCUGACCCAACAGAGGCAAAAGCAGGUACAGCUGCGGUCAAGCAUAGGCUGAUGCCAGAGCCUAUUCAUCCAGAAGAGAUUGAGGUAGAGGUGAACUUUGAGCUAGACCCCACAGAUCUUGUCCUCUCCAGUGUACCUGGAGGAGAGCUCUUCAACCCUCGCAAACAUCGGUUCACAGAGGAAGAACUCAGACCACAGCCCAUGAUGAAGAAAGCCAAGAAAACAUUUGUGCCUGAAGAACAGAAGGAUGAGAAAUAUUGGCAGAGAAGGAAAAAGAACAACAUUGCAGCUAAACGCUCGCGGGAUGCCCGACGUCUGAAGGAGAACCAGAUCACGGUCCGUGCAGCCUUCCUGGAGCGGGAGAACGCCGCUCUGAGACAGGAGUUGGCCCAACUGCGCAAGCACUUUGGAGGCUGCAAGAACAUUGUGGCUCGCUACUUAGCCAAAUAUGGCCCACUGGAAGAGACCCGUAAUGGCAAGGACUAGCCAGGUGAUGUGUGUUGGCAAGCCACGCAGUCAGAGAAUCCACUCCUUUUCUUGACUAAGCAGUAGCCCUUUGUAUAAUGACAUCAUAUCUUUUUUACAGUGCAGUUUAAUUAAAAUGAAAUGAGUUGUAUAGCACUUUUUACAAUAGAUGCCACAAAGCAGCUUUACAGAAAUCUGGGUCCACUGUAGAAUAAAACAUGAUAAAGUGGUCCACAUGUUCUGGGAUGAAAAGAUACUGUCCAAGAGUGCAAGAUAUGGUGAAGGAUGAAAUGAAGCAGUGACAUGUUUGGUUUUGACAGCUAUGGUAAAUGUCAGAAAUCAAUGUAUAACUUGGUCAUUUACAGAUAUGUAUGAAUGUAUAUACAUAAAAAAUGUAAUGUACUGUUAUGAUGACUUCUCAAAAGGUUAAGAAGUCAGCAGAACAUUCCAUUACAUGUUUUAUGCAUAUAUAAAUUCUGAUACACUGGCUGAGCAAAAUAAUAGAUGUAGUAGUUUAUGAUGUUUAGUAUGUAAUUUACCAGGUUACAUAGAUAAAAUAUUUGUUUUAUGUCGAUUCACCAACCCCUUUUUGUGCAUCAGAUAAACACUAGUAAAACACAUUAGGGGGGAGAGUAUUUCCAUACAGAAACUAUAAUGUAAUAUCUGAUUCUGUACUGCAGUGUCCUUGUGGAGUUAUAUAGCCAGCUCCUCUCUAAAUGUAACUGGGAGGAAAUUAAAUUGGAUGCUAGAAUUCAGGAUAAAUCAAUGAUGAUGUAAUUUAGUACAUGAAAGAGAAAAUAAUACUUGCUAUACCUGUGAGAGUUGCAGGGGAUCAAAUUAACACUAAUUUACAAUCAGGAAUUGCAUAUUAAAUGAGCCCUUGCAAUGAAAAACCGUACAUCCAUUUUCUGUUUUUACACAUUUUACAAAAUAAAAACAAUAAAAAAAACAUUAUUGCAAGUUUCUAUUAUUAAAUGCCCACAUUAAUGAAGUAAGGUAAGGCUAAAUAAAACAUAUUUAGCAUUUUAAUAUAAUUUUAUGUAAAGAUUAUACAAAAUCAAAAACUAAAAUAACUGACA